UCAGUGGGGACGCCUUGGCAUUCUUCCAAUAGUCACGAGAUCAACGCGAGGACUCGGUGCGGGGCAACUCUUGAAAUUAUUGGGCAGUUGUAGGCUUGGAGAGAUUCCAGCGGUGAGGUGCAAGCAAGUGUCUGCGCCCCGUGAAUAAAUACGCAGCCAUAGCUGUAUCCUUACGAGUGUCAGGAGAUGGAUUUGAAGACACUGAUCAUCGCGUCGUUGAUUCUGCUUCUCUUGAUAGCUCCUGCAGAGAGCAUGUGGCGACGACGAAGACGAAGGCGUUCCCCACCCCCAUCAGGGCCGGGUUUAGCAGCCAAAACACCCCCCCUGCGUACGCGCCUGUUACAAGAUGUGGACAGUCCUGACCUUAACUGCCCAUCUGCCUCGACUGUCUAUGCUGAGAGAGGGUCCACUGCAGCCCAAGUCAACUUCCAGGUCACCGCUUCAGAUAAUAGUGGCCAGCAGCCUACAGUGACCUGUGACCCCGAGUCAGGACAAUUUGACCUGGGUCAAUAUUUGGUCUCGUGCAUCGCCUCAGAUCCAGCUGGUAACGCAGCGACUUGUUCCUUCCAAAUUGAAAUUGUGGAGCGCACUUGCACAGCCCUGCCCAUCCCAGCAUAUGGGGAUUACAUAGGGGACUGUUGCCACGUCUAUGGCUGUGUGUGUAGCCUGAAGUGCAUCAAUGGCUACCAAUUGAUCGGGUCCAGGCAAGCCUCCUGUGAGUUCAAUGGCACCUCUACAUACUGGCAACAAGAUGACACACCACACUGUCAGUUGAUCACAUGUGAGGCCCUGUCACUCCCCGAUGCCGUACAGGUCACUCCAUCCAUAUGUACUGCUGGUAGACCGUUAGCUGGUACCCUGUGCUUUUUCUUUUGCCCACGUGGACUCAGUCUGGUUGGGAGCGUGUCUCAGGUGUCCUGUGGAGGGGAAGGACUCUGGGACGUGGAGGCUGGAAACUUGCCCACAGAUUGCGAAGAUCGCAUUCCCCCUGUGCUCACUUUCUGCCCUGGACCCAUCUACGCCACCCGAGGAGGUGAGGCUGGAGUCUCGGUGACCUUUGACAUCCCAACAGCCCGGGAUAAUAACCUGUCUGGUACCCUGACUCUGGAGACCUCACCCUCCGGCAUCACCUCACCACACUCAUUCAGUGAGUCCACUGAGGUGUCUUACACAUUCACAGAUGAGGGUGGUAACUCCGUCACGUGUACCUUCAGAGUUUACGUCUUAGAUGAUCUUGAGCCUGAAGUCAUCUACUGCCCAGACGACUAUGCCAUCACAGCCCGGGACAUACUCACCCAGGUGACCUGGGAUGAGCCCAUUUUCCGUGACCCCUUAGGUCAUGACCUUGUGGUUAGCAACAAUGUGGCAGAGGGGCAUACAGCCAUCUUACCGUGGGGGCGACACACAGUGGUGUACACCACUAUCAAUACAGACAAUGGACAGAAAGCUGCAUGCCAGUUUGCUAUUGAUAUAACACGUGAGCAACAAUUGUGAAUGAUGGUUUGAGUU